AUGGAAGCCAAGGUUGCGGAGUGUAACUGGUUUUUGCUCUUUGACAUCGCCCUCAGCCAUGGCGAGUCGCUUCGCCAGCAACGCCUGCGGUACUGCGGCCUAUUGACGCUGCUGCGCUCUGCUGGCCUGCUUGGGCCCAAAACAGGGGUCUUUCAGGUCUUGUUGGAAUCCCUUUGGCUUCUUCACGGGAAGCCGCUGCGGUCCAGCGAGGAGGGCGCGACUACGAAACGAGAUAUUCCCAUUCCCGAUCUUACGGUUGACUUCGACGGGUUCCUUGCCAUUAUGAACGUCGUCUGUGUGAGGUGCUACCAGACGCAGCGCUGCGCGGAGCUUUUGGAGGAGGCAGUUCCCUUACUAGACGCCGUCAGGCUGUCCGCGGAGGACCAGGUGCAGUUGAAGGAGAGUGUGGUUUACACCGGCCGCCGUUUUUUUAAGCCCCUGAUUAGCCGAUGCAUCGUGCUAAAGAAGUCUGUGGUGUCGUUGAACUCCAUGAAGAAUGACUGGACGCCCUACACCAAUCAGUUUGUGGUACAUGUUAUGGCCGCCUCCGCCCCCACGAUUGUGUUUCCGCUUUUUGAGCGCUACGCGGAGGCUGGUCGAAUUUACCGUGCAGCCUUUGAAAAGAUGGUGGACGACGUGUUCCCAAACUUUACCUCCCUCCAGAGGAAAAGUGCAGUCUCCGUCUUCGACUAUCGUGGAUUCUUCGGCAUCCAUAAUUUAAUGCAGUACUCUGCCCUGGAGUUUCCCAACGGGAGAGUUGCGGCGUUGGAGCUUGACUCCUUCGCAGAGGCGCUUCUGAUGCUGGGGAUCGUGGCGUACUCCGAUGAGGUGCAGUACGAGCACCAUCGGCCACUCACGGCGAAGGUGUGGUCCGUCUUUGAGGACUACUACGGCAAGUUUCUCGGCGCGCCGAUGGUGACGGAUCCCAUUCUGGAGAACAAAUACGCCUCGAUUCUGCCAGCCAUUAGCCUGCUGUUUCCGUCACGGGUGCCUAUCGACACGACCUCGUCGUUUAUCCUUGGUGGGUGGAACCUGACCGUGGACGACCGCGAGGAGGUCGCGCCGGCGCGGACGCACGACUGCCCGCCGCGUAUGCUGCAAGCAAAUAAGUUACGGAGACGCUCCAACGGUGGAAAUGAGAGGCGCAGCUCCGGACCGGUGCCUUCCUCCACCGCAGGUAUGGCGUCAAAGCUGUUUGUAGAGGAGAUUAAUCGAAAAAUCCAGGCGGAGUACGAUUUGCCAAUCUACGGCAUGAGGCGUUCUGCAGUGUACUUAAACCAAGAGCGCGCCAUGGCCUUCCAGCGAGGAGCGAAUAGGGUGGAAGUCGUUAUUCCACCCUUCCUCUGGGACCUCGCCAGCUACACGAAACAGGUCCGCUUCACUGAGGAGAAGGAGAAGGGCACCCUAACCCUUUCUCCCGUGGCAAGGGCCGUGGUGUCCUUGCGUGAUGGCUCUGGCAGCACAAUAUUCAGCUCAAAGGAAGUCCUCUUCGUGGCGGCGUCUUUAGUGGAGGUCAUUCCCGCCGCACACGUGCGGGAGCUAAAAAACGUCUUUGCCCGCCACUCAACGGACGCCGUGAUGACGUUUGAGCAGUUUGAUUCGGCCUGCGUUGAGCUGUGUGUCGAGGCCCUGGUCUUGCAGUGGGGUGAUUCUGCGGCCUUUCUAAAGACGUAUUUGGAGCGGCGGGACCUUGACAAGCCCAGCGUUGCGGCGAGUGACUCCUGCAAACCGGACACCAUCGCGUUUGAAGAAUUUGUUGCGGCUGUGGCGACGCUUUUGCUGCACCAGCUCGGCGCCGACGGGGGCAAGCCUAACAUCCCCUACCUGCUUGGGGUGGUCCUGUCACGCGUCGCCCACAAGUUUCCACCUCUGUCCGGAAGCAAAACUGCUGCGGGUGCAUCCUUGAAGCCGAAUCCGCCGCAAAAGUUCACACAGCCGUACAAUGCGCGGAUCGACGUGCCGUACGCGAAUGCCUUGCGCCAAAAGGCGCUGUCGUUAGAUUUCUUUUCGGACGUGGAGGAGAUACUGAAGGACGUGGGGAAGGAUCGGGCCUCCGUCCGACUCCUGCCAGACUUUCCCGCGGAGGCCAGGACGGUGGCCGUUGUUUCCCAGUACAGCGAUGAGAAGGGGGCUAGCGAAAAGGUUAAUACGGACUCGGCGUCCUUGCGUGGGGCGUUUCUCAAGAAGGAGAUGGUGGUGUGCCCGCAAGGGCUCAAAGCGGAGUGA